GAAAACUUCCAUUCUUGGGGAUGACCAUAUUUUUGUCCUAGUAAAUUCAAAAUAUUCUGGUGACCGUUGCAAAUCCUAUAUUGAGGAGGUUUUAAAGAUAUACAAUAGAGAACUACCUACAAUGAAAUAUACUGCAAAUACCGGAAAGCAAUCAACUUUUCUAGAAAAAUGUGUCUCAAAUGGGAAAUACUGCUCGUUGCUUUUGCAAUCCAAGUCUGUUGAAGGUUAUGGAGAAGUUAUAGCUGCCAUUACAUAUCAAAUAGUCCCUGCUGACACACAGUAUGCUGAGAUUCCUCUUGCUGCUGUUAGUUCAGUCUACCAGCAUAAGGUACACAAGAUUAGAGCAUACUGUAAUGGACUCGGUCACUGCUUGUACAUGGAAUUAAGGAAGAGACUUCAGAGUGUUGGUGUUCGCACUAUAUACUGUUGGGGAGAUAAGGAAUCUGAGGGUUUUUGGCUUAAACAGGGUUUUGAAUCAAUAGCAGAGGUGGACAAAAAAGGUCGGGCUCGUCGCAGGCUGCCCAUUAAGGCUGAUAUCCGUAGAGCAUUAUGCUAUCCUGGCGGUUCAAUCCUUAUGGUUUCACAUCUUAAUGAGGAUACUUCAGCUAACCAUGCAGAGCCAUGGAAGUUCCUUUUUCCACUAAGACAUCAUAUGGAGUCUUUAGCAGCUCUUGCUCUAUCUACUCAGCCUGAGGAGGGUUGCAAUACGUUGAACACAGAAAAUCAAAUAACAGAAAGGUCUCAUUCUAAAAGAAUGAUAGGGGAUGAAUUUCUUGGAGAAGAUAGCAAUUUAGAUGGUUUUUCUUGGAAUAGGGACUGUGAAGAACCAGCUUUGUGUGAAGGACAGAAAUGCAGCAAGAUGACUAAUGGUGCAGAAUUGGAAAAGAUUGAAGCUGAUAUUGAUGUCAAAUGCUGUUCCUGUUAUACACAAGGUACAAAGAGGGUUUGGGAAGCCUCACUGUCUUCACUGAAGUCAAAAAGAGUGAAGGGAAGUCAUCAAACUGAUUGUGAAACAGAAUCUAUCAUGGGUUUAGAUUCAGGAUCAGGGAGUGAAAGAACUGAUCCUUGCUUUAACAAAUGCCCCUUGGGCAUUUCAAAAAGUUGUUCUUUUGUUGGGGUUACUUCUACAAAUCCUUUGACUAGUCAUUGCAUGGAAGACAAUGCCAAAGAAGGGAGAACAAUUAACAUGGCAUCAGAAGCAUUGGGCAGCAAAGAACUUCCAUCCAAGAGAGAAAGCAUAAGAAUCAUGCUAAUGAAUAUUGCUGAUGAUGCUAAGAAAAUGCAUCUUACAAAGGUAAUUGAAACCCUUGGUGGUAUUGUUAUAUCCGAUGGAAGUGCAAGCACGCAUGUAGUCACAGGAAAAGUAAGAAAAACUCUCAAUUUCUGCACUGCUUUAUGCUCAGGUGCUUGGAUAGUCUCAUCAAGUUGGUUAAAAGAAAGCUUCCGGAAAAGCAAAUUUGUGGAUGAACUGCCAUAUACAUUACUUGAUGAGGAAUACAUGCUCAAGUACGGAACUCAGUUAAAAGAUGCAGUUUUGAGAGCAAAAGCCAGACCCAGAGCGCUGCUUAAAGGAUAUGACAUAUGCAUAUCCACCAAUGUCCAGCCACCAGUUGAGGCUUUAUCGACCAUUGUCAGUUCUGCUGGUGGAAAUAUAAUUUCUGGACUGGACAAAGUAAAUGAAGCAUCAAAAACAAUUUUUGUUGCUUGUGAAGAAGACAUGGAAGAAGCAUUAUCAGCUGCAAAGAAAGGGAUACGAACUUUCAGCAGUGACUGGUUGAUGAACUGCAUUAUGAAACAAGAGCUGGAUUUGCAGGCACUUCAAUUUGCCGAGUCCUUGUGAGGAAUAUAAAGCUUGCAGUGAGGUUAGCACCAGCAGGAUAAUGUAGAGUUGUUUUCUCCCUCGUUCCCAUUUCUAGCCUUUUUUUUGUGUAGAGAAAGAAAAAUCUAGCAAAGCAAAAUUUGUUAUUAUCUAUGGAAGUCUUGUUUCAAUCUGAAAAGAUCAUCAGAAUUCAAAAUGUUUUGUUAAUAGAACUCCUAAUGUUGUGAAGGGCUGUGUUUAUCUGAAUAAUAGUGCUAAGAAAUUUUAUUAUAGGGCUAGAAUGUCUUUUUAAGUUGAGCAAUUUCUUGUCAACUAUGUUUACAGCUGUUUGGAAACUAGAUUCUUACAGAAAUCUAUUUGAAUUGAUUUUCUCUUCAA